AGGAGAGAUCACCUCCCUCUGGUCAGCAGUGUGGCUUAAAUCUGCACAGAGGCAGAGUAACUCCAGUAAAAGAUGACUUCUACAGAAGUGAGAACUCUGUAGUGAGUGACUUUGGAGGCUUUUAUUUUGCAGUCAGAUGCCAGCGGUUCAUGCAUGAGGUUUGGUUAUCUCUCAGGAAGAGGAAACACCUCCUUCUCAACACAUGUGAGGACUGUUUCUGGCUGGUCCUCCUCCUCUAAAGGAUGACAGGGAGUGGAUCAUAGUAGAGGGCUGCUCCCUCUCCAGCAGCUACAUCAGCUCUUCUGUCACGAACACUGAGUGACCAACAACCUCUCACUGCUCCUCCGACCAAAUUAUGGGAUCAUAUUUAAGUGAUGGCUGACAAGCCAGGUCCAAAUUUGGAUCUUACGUCUUUGUUUUUUCAGUGGAAACUUUGUCAGUCAAUCUGAGCAGCUCUCAUCCAAGACCAAGGAUCUGCCGUUGGUGUUGGAGUUCCGUUUGUAAAACAAAAUCCUGGAGAUGGUAGAUAUUUGAACCCACAGUGAACCAGGAUGGAGCCUGUUAAGAGAGACAUGGAGCUGCUCAGUAACAGCAUGGCGACCUACGCUCACAUCAAAGCCAAUCCAGAGAGCUUCGCCCUCUACUUCAUGAUGGGCGUUUGUCUGGGCCUCCUCAUGGCACUGUGCCUCCUGGUGGCCGGCAUUGCCUGCAGGACUCGCCGCCACAGCAGACCACCCCCUUCCCCUGAGAGGAGACAGCUAAAGGAGUCCAGCGAGGAAGAGGAGGAUGGGGAGGAGGAUGAGGAGAGCAUUGCAGAGGAAGAUGGGGAGGAGACGGAGAUCCCCAAAGUGACAAUAGGGCCCAUGAGUGAUCGCAGCAGCCAGUCCAACGGGACUCUGAGGAGUGUAAAUGUGUUCGCGUCAGCUGAGGAGCUGGAGAAGGCUCGACGACUGGAGGAGAGGGAAAGAAUCGUCAGGGAGAUCUGGAGGAACGGACAGCCCGACAUCCUGGUCACAGGGACGGGGACUAUUGGACGAGUGCAUUACCACUAACAAAGACUUUGACUGUGCCCUAAAGAUCCACCCCACAAACUGCAGAGGACAGGACACUCACAGAUGUUUUGAUUUGUAUGAUAACCUACAGUGUUUGAUAUUAAAAUAAGUGACUGGGGUGGUGAGAGGGAUUGAACCUUAUAUUUCACUUUGUCAAAACCAAAGCCCUCCUCUUGAAUUACAGUGUUAAAUUAUUCAAGGAAUUUAAUCAGUACCCCAAUUUAACCCUUAAAAUCUUAAUAGAACUUCUGACCUGCACAACCAAUGACCACAUUAAAGGAAUAUUUCACCCUUCAAAUGACUAUUUGUAUAACAUUUACUCAUCCCAUGCUAAUGUUGAAUUUGCAAAGAAAUCGUUUUUUUCUCACAUGCCUCCACGCUGAACGAAGAAUCCAAAAAUGGAAAAAAAAUCUUUAAGAAUUCAAGUCAUAAGUGGCCGUGGUCUACAACAGCAAAACUAUAUCAAAACAUCUGCUUACAAACUGUUACAAAACUCUUGCAGUACAACACUACAAGUCUCAUUUAUCCAGUCGUAUGUUAGGGGGGAUAAUAACAGUUUUCCUGUUGUUGUUAUACUCGGCCCCCAAUGGUUUCAAUUCAUCAAGAAUUUUAUGCGUUUUUGGAUUCUUCAUCCACCAAGGAGGCGUGUGAGAAAAAUUAAAA